CUUUUCCGGAAGGAAUCAUUACCGAAAAUCACAAACAAAAAGCUCCGCACCAAGGUCAGAAUUGUACUCGAGACUCUCUCUGCCUUUGUUACCCUCUCUCUUAUCCUUCCCUCUGCAACCCUGUCGAAGUGUCGGAAGUUCAAAUCAUCGAUUUCGCAUCUCUCUUCCUGCUGAAUGUGCACUUAUCACUCCUUCCCACUUUCACGCCAUGCGCGGUCCGCCCUUCUCUGAGUUGUGCACGCUUUCCUCAGCACGAAUCAUUGAGGACCGAGAUCGCAGCGAUCACUUACCUAUACCCUCCUCCCUCUCUCAGUUUCCCCACUGCAACAUAAAUAAAAUUAUAAUAAGAAGCCCAAUUUUUUAAGAUUCUGCAGGUCGAAUCUGGGGAAAUGGUGGCGGACACUUGGCUGCUGAGGAUGGGUAAUCAGGUAAGCAGCAACGUUAAGCAUGCUUUACUUCUGGAAAAUUCGAAGAAGUUAACCGACAAAAGUGAUGGUCAGCGAGGAAAGCAAUUCUUAGGUAUACUUUCUUUUGAAGUGGCUAACGUUAUGUCUAUGAUUAUUCACUCGCACAAAUCUUUGACUGACCAUGAGAUAUUUAAGCUCAAGAGUGAGAUCUUGAACUCUAUAGGGAUAAGAACCCUAGUAUCUGAUGAUGAAACUAAGAUAUUGGAGUUGGCCCUUGUUGAGAAACUCGAUGAUUUGAAUAGGGUAGCCAGUGUGGUGUCUAGGUUAGGGAGGAAAUGCACAAUUCCAGCUCUGCAGGGGUUUGAGCAUGUGUAUGGGGAUAUCACUGCUGGGGCUAUUGAUGUGAAGGAGUUGGAGUUUCUGGUCAAGGACAUGGAAGGGGUGAUAAAGAAAAUGGAGAGAUAUGUUAGCUCUACCGCUAGAUUAUACACCGAGAUGGAGGCUAUGAAGGAAUUAGAAAUGGCUACAGUGAAGCUUAAACAGAAUCACCAUGAGGAGACUUCUAAAGCCUACCACCAAAAGAUGGCUUGGCAGAAGCAGGAUGUGAGGCAUUUGAAGGAUGUUUCUCUUUGGAAUCAGACUUAUGACAAGGUGGUCGAGUUGUUGGCUAGGACUGUUUGUACAGUAUAUGCACGGAUUAGUACUGUUUCCCGAGACAUAAUCACAAGGGCUUCUUCUGAUCAGGUUGGGGUAGAAGAACAAACAGGUGUUGAUUCAAGUAGACCAGCUUUGAGAAAUAGGAACGGUUAUAAGCAAUCAGGACCUAAUCAGAGAAGUGUAGGGAGGAACCAAGGUGGCGGUUUAUUUGGUCCAAAAGAUUUCAACUUUGCAUGUGCAGCCGGGCUCAUCGAAUGUUUGACUUUGAGUAGCGCUUCAAAGCAUGUAGAUGAAGAUGUUUCCAGUCAUAUUUCUGGAUAUAGUAGUGUUCCAAGUAGAUUUGUUAAUGGUGUUACUUCUAAGAGUAGUAGUAGUAGUAACAGUGCAAGAUUUGGUCCAAAAAGCAAAGUAAUGUUCUAUGCACUUCCUUCAACUGUUGGAGGUUCUGCUCUGGCAUUGCAUUAUGCAAAUAUCAUUAUUGUUCUACAGAAGCUUCUUCAAUAUCCACAUUUAAUCGGCGAAGAAGCUAGGGAUGAUUUAUACCAGAUGUUACCAGAAAGCCUCCGAAAGAAGUUGAAGACUGAAUUGAAAUCGUAUAUGAAAGGUUUGGAGAUAUAUGAUGCGCCCAUUGCAUACGGAUGGAGACAGAGGCUUGAAGAGAUACUGAAGUGGCUUUCACCGCUGGCACAUAACAUGAUUCGGUGGCAAAGUGAGUGUAACUAUGAGCCGCAGCAGCAGGUUAUCAAGAGAACGAAUGUUCUCUUGAUCCAAACAUUGUAUUUUGCUGAUCGUGACAAGACUGAGAAAGUUGUGUGUGAAUUGCUCGUCGGACUGAAUUAUAUAUGUCGUUAUGAGCAGCAGCAGACUGCUUUUCUAGACUGUACAAGCAGCUUAGAUUUUGAAGACUACAAGGAUUUCCAAUUUCAAAUUGGACCUUCUUUUCAAGCUUGAUGAAUAUUUCUCGGCAUGUGCUGGUAAUAAUUAUGACUGGAUGAUUACAAUGUCUUCUACAUUUUCUUUUUUUCUGGGUCGGAGAUGACAUUGGUGUAACUUUAGGUGCACAUUAAGUAUCCAUUGAUAGCCCUAAUGCGUCAGAUUACAAUAAUGUUCUUUCUAGGUAGGUUUUUUCUUAACUUUUUGUAGGGACAUAGAUUUGUUGUAUGUCACAAAUUUAGCCAUGGGAACAUUUCACUGAAGUAUCUAAUUCUGCACUUCCACUUGAAGGAAAUUGAGCAUGUACUCCGUAUAUAAUUUUCAUGCUCUUGAUGUUAUUGUUUCAUUAUGCAUGGACUAUUCUCAGUGAUUGAGAGGAAUAGAAACUGUGGUGCUAUAUGUAUUACAACCUCUAUUCAAAGUGUUUUAUCAAGAAAUGAAAUGCAUAUUGUGUUUUCACA